GUACUUAAGGCAAAGACCCAAACCAACAUUCUCGACCACCUUGGAAAACCCAAAAACCUCGACGACAAUCAACAAUGGAGAAUCCAAGAAAAUUGACGACGACGACGACGAAUCCACCUCACGUACUAAUAUUCCCCUUGCCACUUCAAGGCCCCGUGAACUCCAUGCUCAAACUCGCCGAGAUAUUCUGCCUCCACGACAUCCACGUCACCUUCCUCAACACCCACCACGUCCACCGCCGCCUCUUCACCUUCUCCGACGCCGGCGACCGCUUCGCCAAGUACCCCAACUUCCGCUUCGCCACGCUCCCCGACGGCCUCCCGGAGGACAACCCCAGGACCGGAGACCAAAUCUUGGAGCUUAUAGAAUGCAUAGAGAAAGUCACCAGCCCGCUCUUCCGGGAGAUGGUCACCGCCGGCGCCGGCCUCCAGAACCCCGUCACCUGCCUUCUGGUCGACGGAAUAUUCACGUUUGCCGUCGAUGUCGCCCGGGAAAUCGGAGUCCCACUUCUCUAUUUUGACACGAUUAGUCCUUGUGGCCUUUGGAGUUACAUGUGUGUCCCUAAACUCAUUGAAGCCGGAGAGCUUCCCUUCCGAGGAAAUGAUUUGGAUUCCCCAAUAAAGAGUGCGCCAGGAUUCGGCGGCAUCCUACGCCGCAGGGACAUGCCCAGCUUGUGUCGGGCCGACGACAUCAACGACCCAAUAAUCCAGCUUGUUCUCAAGGAGGACCAACAUCUCCCCCAAGCCCAAGGCCUCAUUUUCAACACAUUUCUAGGCCUAGAAGGACCCAUUCUUGCGCAGUUCCGGGACGUGGUCUGCCCCAAUGUCUAUGCCGUUGGCCCACUCCACUCACACCUUAAGACCCGGCUUGCUGAGGGCGGGAGAGAUAAAUCGCGGGAUGUGCUGUAUCCUACUUCUUCUAAUAGUUUGUGGAGGGAGGACGAGAGAUGUAUAGAGUGGCUUGAUAGGCAGGUGGAGAGGUCGGUGUUGUAUGUUAGCAUUGGAAGCAUGGCAAUCAUUAGUAGAGAUCGUCUCAUGGAGCUGUGGUAUGGAUUGGUGAAUAGCGGGACUCGUUUUCUUUGGGUGCAAAGGCCUGGCUCGGUGAUGGGUGGGAGAAGGGAUGGCGAUGUUCCGGAGGAGUUGAUUCAAGGGACAGAGAAAAGGGGAUGCAUUGUGGACUGGGCUCCUCAAGAGAAGGUUCUGGCUCACCCUUCAAUUCGUGGAUUCUUAACGCAUGGCGGGUGGAACUCGACUUUAGAGAGCAUAGUGGAAGGGGUGCCCAUGAUUUGUUGGCCAUUUUUUGUUGACCAACACGUCAACAGUAGGUUUGUGGAGGAAGUUUGGAAAGUAGGGUUAGACAUGAAGGACUUGUAUGAUAGAGGUAGCAUUGAGAGGAUGAUUAGGGAUCUAAUGGAGGAUAAGAAAGAUGAGUUCUUGAAAAGGGCAAGUGAAAUGGCAUAUUUGGCCAAACAAAGCAUUGGACGAAGUGGCUCUUCGUACCAGGACUUGGAUCGCCUCAUUGAGGAUAUUAGAUUGAUGAGAAUAGGAUCAUAAGGUGUCCAUACGGACAGCUCAAUUGAUUCUUGGGUGACAGAUUGUGGGCAACAAAAAUAUAAUUAUAGGGUAGAUCAUUAUUAUAUUGGCAUUCAAAGCCCCAUCACACUUUCAAUCAUUUAUGUAUGUAUGGUUUGUCAAGAAUUAAUUUGUCUCAAUGGCCUAGACAAUCUUAAUCUUAAUAUCUCUUCU